GUACAAAAUGGCCUUUGCGCUGCGUGCGGCUGAUACUGUGUUUAUUUUGUAAACGUGGUCCUAUUUUGUACUGCUGUAAGCAGACAAAUGAGCUGACAGACAAAAUUAAUAGUUCCCAUGGAUCCAUUGUCUCCUGCAAUACUAUGAUGUCAGCACAUGUGUACACUACAGUUGGCAUUUACAAGGGUACAAGAGUUGCUAUUAAAAAAGUCACAAUCAAGAAGAAGCUGGACAUAAGUAAGAAAUUACUAUGGGAGAUAAAACAGGUUCGUGAUGUUACACAUGAGAAUACAGUCAGGUUUGUUGGUGCUUGUGUUGACACAAAUAACAUCCUCAUACUGACAGAAUACUGUCCCAAAGGCAGUCUAAAGGAUGUGCUUGAGAAUGGAGAACUAGAUUUAGACUGGAAUUUUCGGAUGUCACUCAUACAUGACAUUGUGAAGGGUAUGGCAUAUUUACAUAGUUGUGAGCUUGGGGUACAUGGUAAACUUCGUUCAGGAAACUGCCUCAUUGAUGGACGAUUCGUGUUAAAGAUAACAGACUUUGGAUUACGCUCCCUAACUACUCCUGCAGAAGUAAUAAAGGAUCAUAAUUAUUUCACUAAACUCCUCUGGAUUGCACCUGAGCUUCUGCCACAAACUACUGUUCCUGGAAACCCUGCAACACAAAAGGGAGAUGUCUACAGUUUUGGAAUCAUACUGGAAGAAAUAAUCCUCAGAGCUGGUCCUUUUGAAGCUGCUAAACAAUUUCUCACACCACCUGAAAUUGUGAGUCGAGUGGCUGCUAGAGAGAUCCCACCAUUUCGUCCAGAUGUUGGUGAGCAGGAUUGUCCAUCAGAACUAUUGGAUCUGAUGCAUCAGUCAUGGUCUGACAAUCCAGAUGACAGACCUACUUUCCAGUCUAUACGACAAGUAAUCCGCUCAAUUCGCAAAGGCUACUGUGAAAACUUAAUGGAUGAUCUGCUUCGCCGCAUGGAGCAAUAUGCAAACAAUUUGGAAGCACUUGUUGAAGAGAAAACAGAGCAACUCAGUCAAGAAAAGAAACGUUCUGAGGAACUUUUGUACCAAGUACUACCAAGACCUGUAGCAGAACAGCUCAUGGCUGGAGAAGUUGUGCAGCCAGAACAGUUUGAAACUGUUACAAUUUAUUUCAGUGAUAUUGUUGGUUUUACUGGCCUCUGUGCUCAAAGUACACCAAUGGAGGUUGUCGAUUUUCUGAAUGAUCUUUACAGUACAUUUGACAGAAUUAUUGGGUUUUAUGAUGUUUACAAGGUGGAGACAAUUGGUGAUGCCUACAUGGUUGUAUCUGGUUUGCCUAAGAGGAAUGGAGAUGAUCAUGCAAAGGAAAUUGGAUUAAUGGCUAUUGCUAUCCUAGAUGCAGUGAAGUCUUUCACGAUAAAGCAUCGUCCAGACACACAGCUCAAAAUUCGGAUUGGUAUACAUUCAGGACCAGUGUGCGCAGGUGUAGUGGGUCAGAAAAUGCCACAUUACUGUCUCUUUGGUGACACAGUAAAUACAGCCUCUAGAAUGGAAUCAGGUGGACAACCACUUCGAAUCCAUGUGAGCAGCUCAACAAAAGAGAUCCUGGAGAAAUUUGGCACAUUCAAGCUGGAGCUCAGGGGUGAAGUAGAACUAAAAGGAAAAGGUCGACUAACAACCUACUGGCUGCUUGGCUGUUCCGAACCAGAUAACAGGCCCACAACACCUCGUUCACCUGAAGCUCCUGUUAUUGAUAUCAGCUAUCCCUUGUUGUUCCAGAACAAUAACAGUCUGCGAAUUCCAAAUGAGACACAUCAUCGUUCCUCAACUGCAGAAAGCUGUGUUUCUACGUGCAAGGAACUGAAGAUGUCAUAGAAGAUAAAUAAAAUUUAACAAUAUUAACCAAAGAUAAUGAGGCUGUGCAGCAAAUAAAAUUAUAUACAACCAAAAAAAUUACUGAAAACUUACUUGUAACUGAAUGUAAAGAAUACAUUUGCAUAAGCAGCAGAAAAAUAUAAAUGUGUACAUAAAUAUUCAGUAGAACCUUGUUAAGUCUUGAGUUUUUUAUUCAUAGUGAGGUGUUAUACUUGACCUUAACAUUUACUGACAAUUAUUAGAUGACCCUUGUUAAUAAAACAUUUCAA